UUCAUCUUCUCUCUUCUUGGUCUGAGAGAGAGAGAGAGAGAGACCGAAAGAGAGGGAGAGAGACAGGGGAAAAGCACAGGAAAUCUUUAAACUCGUCUUAUUUCGGAUGCUCCGGUGAAAAAAGCCAACCAUCGGAGGCAACCUGGGAUCACCCGUCUCCAGACCCUGGAGAUGUCAAUUUGGACACCACUAAAACCGAUGCUGUGAAGUGGCUCUCAGCCUUAACUUCAUCAAGACUCGGCGGAAGGAUGCUGUGGUUUACCCUGCUAAGCACAAUAGCUUUAGGAUGGACUACGCCGAUUCCUCUGUUGGACGAGUCGGAAGAAAUAGAUGAGCCUUGCUUUGACCCUUGCUACUGUGAAGUCAAGGAGGGUAUUUUCCACGUCCACUGCGACAGCAAAGGAUUUACAAAUGUCAGCCAGAUCUCUCAGACGUGGACGAGACCCUUUAAACUCAAUCUGGCGAAGAACUCCAUGCGCAAGCUGUAUUUUAACAGCUUUUUGCACCUCAACAAUGCCGUGUCACUCAAUCUGGGGAAUAAUGCGCUACAGGACAUACAUGUGGGCGCGUUCAAUGGACUGAGCAUCUUGAAAAAGCUGUUUCUGCAUGAAAACAAACUGGAGGUGUUCAGGAAUGACACUUUUAUGGGGCUGGAGAGCCUCGAGUAUCUUCAGGCGGAUUACAACGUCAUCAAGAGAAUAGAGAGCGGGGCGUUUCGGAACCUGCACAAACUCAGAGUACUUAUUUUGAACGACAAUUUGAUACCCGUGCUACCCAGUUUAUUAUUCAGGUCCGUAUCUCUCACGCACCUUGACUUACGUGGCAACCGCUUAAGAAUUCUACCCUAUAAAGGGACGUUGGAAUACAUCGGUCGCAGCUUGAUGGAGAUCCAGCUAGAGGAAAAUCCAUGGAACUGUGUGUGUGACAUUGUGCAGCUCAAAACCUGGCUGGAGCGCAUCCCCUACACGGCACUGGUGGGCGACAUAACGUGUGAAUACCCUUUUCAUUUACACGGUAAGGACCUUCGUGAGAUCAAGAGAAGCGAACUUUGUCCUUUACUCUCUGAAGCAGAGCUUGAGACCAAACAUGGCAUUCCCAGAUUACCGUUUAAUAACGAAAAUGUCUGGCCCACCAAGCCUUCGUCUAUGUUGUCAUCUUUUCAUAACACAGCCUCCUCAGUAGAGUACAGAGAGAGACACGUAAAGCCGACUAAACGGCCCAGACCCACAAAAACACCACCCACUCCUCGUAGCAUUUACCCAGGGCUGAAUCAGCCUCCAGUCGCUGCCUACCAGACCAGACCCCCUAUACCAAUCAUUUGUCCGACAGGGUGCAUGUGCAAUUUACACAUCAAUGACUUGGGCCUCACUGUCAAUUGUAAAGAGAAAGGCUUCCACAACAUUUCUGAGCUGCUGCCACGACCACUCAACGCCAAGAAACUCUAUCUAAGUGGGAAUUUGAUUCAGAAAAUUUACAGGUCGGAUUUUUGGAACUUCUCUAGCUUGGAUUUAUUGCACUUGGGUAACAAUCGGAUAUCAUAUGUUCAAGAAGGCGCCUUUAUGAACCUACCUAAUUUGAAAAGUUUAUACUUGAAUGGCAACGACAUUGAAAGGCUCACUCCAGGCAUGUUUCGUGGUCUGCAGGCGCUUAGUUACCUGUACUUCGAGUACAACGUCAUUCGAGAGAUCCAACCGGCCGCCUUCAGCCUCAUGCCAAACCUACAGUUGGUUUUUCUCAAUGACAACCUGCUGCGUACCCUGCCCAUGGAUGCUUUUGCUGGCACCUCCCUGGCUAGGCUCAACCUGCGCAACAACUACUUUCUGUAUCUUCCCGUGAGCGGAGUCCUGGAGCAUCUCCACUCCAUCGUUCAAAUCGACCUUCACCAGAAUCCUUGGGACUGCUCUUGCGACAUCAUCCCACUCAAGCAGUGGAUCGAGAAGCUCAGCUCUGUCAUUGUUGUGGGGGAAGUGACCUGCAAGACCCCAGACUUCGCUCUUGGCAAGGAUCUGCGCACCCUGGAGGCUGAGGUCAUCUGCCCCGAGUUGAAAUUCACUGCUUCUUCUCCAGUCCUGCCCAAUGACAUGACAGCCACCAGCGGCUCUGAAUUAGGACAAGCGCCAGCGACGGGAGCUGUUCCACUCUCCGUGCUGAUCCUCAGCCUACUGAUUCUCUUCAUCUCCUCCGUGUUUGUGGCCGCCAGUCUCUUCGCAUUCGUCCUGCGGAGGCGAAAGAAACUUCCCUUCAGGAAGCGUCAGGAGGUGGACCUUACGGGCAUUCAAAUGCAGUGCAAGAUCUUUGAAGAGAGGCAGACCGCCUCGCCUGAGAAGCCACCCGGUCACGUCUACGACUACAUCCCCCAUCCCGUUACUCAAAUGUGUAACAAUCCAAUUUACAAACCACGAGAAGGAGAGAUCGAGGGCGAGCAGUUUGCAGAAACCAAGGAAAAUAACAGUAAUUAUCGAACUCUUCUGGAGAAAGAGAAGGAAUGGACGAUGGCUGUGUCCAAUUCCCAGCUCAACACCAUUGUCACCAUCAAUCAGUCAGGUGACAUGGCAGGCUUUCACGAGAACGGAGUGCUUUGCCCUACCAUGAUUGACAGCCAGAGACCGACCCCUACGGUGGGUUUUGUAGACUGCCUGUACGGCACCGUUCCCAAAUUAAAGGACAUGCACGUUGCACACGCACAUCCCCCCGGAAUGCAAUACCCCGAUUUACAGCAAGACGCCAGAUUAAAAGAAACAUUACUUUUCACUGCGGGGAAAGGAUUCCCUGAGCAAACCCAAAGUGAAUACCUCGAGUUAAGGGCAAAACUCCAAACCAAGCCGGAUUACCUAGAAGUCUUGGAGAAAUCGUAUAGAUUCUAAUUGAAUUGGAAACAAACAAAAAAAAGAGUAAACUCACUUACACAAACUCCCCCCCUCCACGCCCAAAAAGAAUACGUAUCAAAAAAGAAGCAUGGCAAAGUUAUAUGUUUCACACACGUACACAUACACACUCUCACACACAUUUCCCCCAAGUCGCUUUUGGAGGAAAGGCCAUACUCAGAUUUUUCAAUGAAGUGCCUUUUUUUCAGAGUAGCCAGCAAUGUUACCACCCAUUAUUUUUGUACGGAACAGAUUUGUUGAACCUCCGGAGCGCCUGGCACAGUUUGUAGAAUAUUUGCAAUUUGCUGCAUGACUUUGA